AUGAAAGUAAAUAUGCAAAGUGAAAGUCUCAAAAAUUCUAUUAGCGUCCUCAAAAAUAUUGUUGAGGAAAUUAACUUUUAGGAUAGUCCAAGCACUUUAAACUCUACUAAUAAACUAAUAUAAAUCUCUAAGCGCUUAAAAAUGGCAAAUAUUCUUUUUUAUGAAGAGUGUAAAGAGUAGAAAAAAUUCUUAAAAAAAUACAUUAGGAAAUCUAAAUCUGCAGUAAAAAACAAAAAGUAAAAUUAGAAAGAUAAAUUUAAACAGCAACAGUAAGAAAAUAAAUAUGACUCUGAUUAAAAAGAAUCAAAUUAUUAGCAAAAUUUUAUUAAUAAAAUAAACGAUCAGAACUAAAUUAUGGAUGAAGAACCUCCUGUAGCAAAAGAUUUGAAGGUAGAAUAUACAGAAAAGCUAACAGAAGAUUAAAUAAAGGAGAUGAUUAGAUAAGAAUUUGAUAUUUAGAAGCUGAGAGAAUAGUACAUAAAUAGCAAUCAAUCUGAUAACUUUUUUUAAAAUUUAUCCUAUACUAUUCACAGUGUUUCUAAAAUAAUUUGCAAUUAGGCUGAAGGAAUUUACAAUAAAGUUAGGUAAAACUUUUAAAAGCUUUUGUAGGAAUAGGAUAUUAUUACAUUCUAAAAAUCAUCCUAAUGGUUUAAAAAUACAAUAAGUCUGUUUUAAAUAGAAUAAAAAAAAUUCACUCAAUUAAUAAGUCUCCUAAAAAAAGAAAAAAAUAAUUUUUGCUUAGACCUUGUAAAGUAUGAUGAUUCAUUUUAGUAGUAAAAAAAUUAAAUAAAUGUUAUGGAAAAAACUCCUGAUAAUAAAUAAGCAUUUUUAUAUUCCCAUGAUCUGGAUGAUUAAAAGAUAAUUGUACAAAAAUUUCCAAGUUACUUACUAAAUUCAAAAAUAGGAGCUAUAUUUUUAGGUUUUGAAGAUAUUGUCCAUUUUGAGGUAUUUACAAAUCAAGAAGAUCCUGAUAAUUUAAAAUCACUACUUAUUUUAACUGGGUCAAAAAAGCUUUCUUUAAAUACUUUUAAGGUGAACAAUCUAUAAAUACUACCCUCUUAAAAAUUAUUUAAUGAAGUCUGUAAGCUUUAGUUUUAGCCAGUUCAAAAUUGUUUUGCCAUCUUGUCAAAAGAUAGAAAAAAAAUUAAAAUUUUUGAUGAAGGUGGAAGAAAUAUAUAUACAUUCUAUCAGUAAAAUAAAUACUUAAUUUUAUCCUUUAGCUUUUACUUAGAUAACGAAGCACUACAUAUCAUUAAUUUUAUGAACAGCUUAACAGUUGAGUGCAUCAAGAUUAAAAUAAACAAUUAAGGAUAAUUUUUAAGAUAAAAUCUUACCAAAGAAAUUAUUUAAACAGAUGUUUAUCUUGAAAGUACUAAGCUUCCUUCUGAAAAGGAUGAGCCUGAUAUUUAUUUUAUAAAAGAAAAUACAUUUUAUCUUCAGUUUUAGAAUAGAAUGUACAUUUUAUAUUCAAACUAAGUCGAAAUAGGAGUACUAUUAUAUGAGAAUAAAAAUUAUAUCAACUCUAUUUUCUUUGAAAACUGCAUUUUUAGAGUCUAUAAAAAUGAUAUAACUAUUCAAUAUUAUGAUUAGCAGAAUGUAUAUAAAGAAAUAUCUAUUUUUGAAGAAAAAAUUGACAACUUAAACUUAAAAUAAGCUUCAAUAAAUAAAAUAGGUGAUUAAAAAUAUAAUUUUCAAAUAGAUAUAAUAACUAAUUAAGACAUAUUUUACACAUUUUAUUACAGUACUGAGUAAUGA